UCAAUUCCUCGCCGAUUUCCCUUCUCUCCACCCUAUAAAACUACCCCCCUCACCUCCGCAAGCCCUCACCCUCAUUAUUUUUAAGUUACAUGUUAUUUUGUUGUUUCUUUCUGCUCCGACUGCGGGGUUGGGGAUAGAGGCGGGCUGUGAAGAGAGAGAAUCAGAGAUCGAAAGAGUGAGUUAACCGGAAGCAUGGCACCGAAGGAGAGGGUCGCCAGCGGCAAGGGUUCCGGCGUGAACGGCAAGGAGGUGCAUUUUAGGGGAGUGAGGAAGAGGCCGUGGGGUAGGUACGCCGCCGAGAUCAGAGAUCCCGGCAAGAAGAGUCGAGUUUGGCUUGGCACGUUCGAUACGGCGGAGGAGGCGGCGAGGGCCUACGACGCCGCCGCGAGGGAGUUCCGCGGCGCCAAGGCUAAGACGAACUUUCCGUUGCCCUCUGAUCAGAAUAUGAACCUGAAUAACAUUAAAAGCAAGAAGUGUAAUAACAAUAACAGCAAUAAUCAGAGUCCCAGCCAGAGUAGUACCGUGGAAUCGUCCAGCCGGGAGGGGUUAUCCCCGGCGCUGAUGUUGGACUCUUCGCCGCUGGAUCUAAACCUUGUGCACGGCGGCGGCGGAGGCGGCGUUGCAGCAGGUGGUAGCGCCGGAUUUGGCUCAGCCAUGAAGUUCCCGUUCCAGUAUCGGAAUCCGCAGCUGCGUGUUCCGCCCGUUGGUUUCCCGGCGCCGAGUCAUCUUUUCUAUUUCGAUGCGAUCGCCGGGCCCGGGAGCGGGAAUCAUCCUAGCAGCAUCCAACGGCUGAGAUUCGAUCGCCCGGCGGCUCAAUUCGGCGCAACGCCUACCAAUGGGGCCCAGAGCGACUCCGACUCCUCGUCGGUCAUCGAUCUGAACCACGUCGAUCCGCAGCCGCAGAGACUCCGUGUUUUCGAUCUCAACCUUCCCGCCUCGGAAGACCCAUAGAUUCGCCGGCGACUGACGACGUGAUCGGAAUUUUGAUUUCCAUUUUUUCAUAUUUUCAAAUCUUCGUUCUAAAAAGAAUAGGAAAAAUAGACGUUGAAGAAAGAAGAAAAAAAAAAAAAUACGAAGAGAGCUUCAAGUGAUCGACCAUGGCCGGAUCACGGAUCACCGCUCGAUGUGAAUACAUAGCUGAUCUCUUUUGUUUUUUGCAACAGUGAAAUUAAGUGUUUCGCUCUGUUGUUCCUUAACUAGCAACUGAUGCUCCAGUCUGUAAUUUCUUUCCGGCAUUGUUUUUCAUCAUCGAACACCUAUAAAUUUUCAAUUUCCUUUA